AGGCCUGCAGAUACCGACAGCGCACCGGCCGCACAAUGGGCGCCUCCGCUUCUACUGAGUUUCAGAAGGAGGCAGUGUUUCACAUCAAUGGAAAGGAGUAUCACGUGGACAACACAGUUCCUGUGGGUACCUCAUUAAACACUUACAUAAGAAAUUAUGCCAACCUCAAAGGAACUAAAGCAAUGUGCCAUGAAGGAGGCUGUGGAACAUGUAUCGUUAUGGUUACGAAGAAACAUCCUGUCAGCAAAAAAGUGGAAUCAUUUGCAGUCAAUUCUUGUUUGAUGCCAGUAUUUUCAUGCCACAACUGUAGGAUAACAACAGUUGAAGGAAUUGGCAACAAAAAAAUGGGGUAUAAUUCAGUGCAAAAGACACUUGCUGCUUUCAAUGGUACACAGUGUGGGUACUGUUCUCCUGGAAUGGUUAUGAACAUGUACAGUCUGUUGCAGAGGGGAAAAGACAUUUCAAUGGCAGAUGUUGAAAAUUCUUUUGGUGGAAAUAUUUGCCGCUGCACUGGGUAUCGCCCAAUACUUGAUGCAUUUAAGUCUCUUUCCUCUGAUGCUUCAACAGAACUUAAAGGCAAAUAUCCAGAUAUUGAGGAUAUAACUCAAAAGAUUUGUGCAAAAAAUGGGAAACCAUGUAAUGAAAAAUGUGCCAAUGACAGUGACACAUGCAGUCAACAGAAUGUGCUCUCGCCACUACAUUUGGAAACACAGUCUUCAGAAUGGUUUAGAGUUGAUAAAAUUGAUGAUAUUUUCAAUAUUCUAGCAACAAAAUCUGAUAAAAAAUACAUGCUUGUAGCGGGCAACACAGCUCAUGGUGUAUAUCGAAGGAAACCUGACAUUGAACUAUUCAUCGACAUUAGUGAUGUUGAGGAACUCAAGAAAUUCACCAUUGAUUCAGAGAUAACAAUUGGAGGAAAUAUGUCUCUCACUGAAGUUAUGGAGCUAUUUUAUGAUAUUUCAAAAUCAAGCAAAAAUUUUAGCUACACCAAAAUGCUUGCAGAUCACAUAGACCUCGUGGCAAAUGUUCCAAUUAGAAAUGCAGGAACAGUUGCUGGAAAUCUGUCAAUUAAACACAUGUACCAAGAGUUUCCAUCUGAUAUUUUUCUCAUUCUGGAAGCUGCAGAUGCUAGGAUCAAUAUAGCUGACAAGAAUGGAGGUCAAAUUUCUGUCAGUCCAGCAGAGUAUUUGAAAACUGACAUGAACCACAAAAUUAUUAAAAGUAUAACAUUGCCAUCCCAUGAUGACAAUUACUAUUUCAAGACAUAUAAGAUCAUGCCAAGAGCACAAAAUGCUCAUGCCUAUGUAAAUGCUGGGUUUCUAUUCAAAUUGGACAUGAAGAAUGUGGGAAAAGUGAUUUCAAAACCAAGAAUUGUGUUUGGUGGAAUCAGUCAUGAUCUGAUACAUGCUACAGAGUUAGAAAAGUAUCUUGAAGACAAAAAUAUAUAUGAAAUGAACACACUUCAAAAGGCACUCAGAAUUCUGGAUUCUGAAAUACAGCCCAAAAAAAUGCCACCUGAAGCCUCUCCUGAAUACCGAAAAGGUUUGGCACUAGCUUUAUUCUAUAAGUUUGUGCUGAGCAUGUCCCCUGAGAGCUUGAAACCAAACCUGAGAAGUGGGGGUGAAAUGUUAAAGAGGCCACUUUCUUCUGGAAAACAGGAAUAUGACACAAAGAAGGAAUUGUGGCCAUUAGGAAAACCAGUAUCAAAACUUGAAGCUCUGUCUCAAUGUUCUGGAGAAGCAAAAUAUGUAAAUGAUGUGCUCACCAUACCAGAUGAAUUGUACUGUGCAUUUGCUGUUACAUCUAUUGCAAAUGGUCACAUAAAAGAUACAGAUCCCAGUGAUGCCUUGGCUGUUCCUGGGGUGGUGGCAUAUUAUGAUGCAAAAGACAUUCCAGGAAAGAACAGCUUUUACCCAAAAUCUUUCUUCAGUUUUACUGAGGAGGAGAUAUUUUGCUCUGGAAAUGUAAAGUACAAUGGACAACCAGUAGGAAUGAUUGUGGCAGAGUCACAUGAUAUUGCUGUUGAAGCUGCCAAAUUGGUGAAAAUAAAUUAUGAUGUUGUUAACAAACCCAUUCUUCACUUAAGAGAUGCGCUUAAAUCUGGAGAAAAGAGCAGGGUUAUGGUGAUUGGUGAAACUAAGCCAACUGAUCCUGAAAAAAGAAAAAAGACAAAACAUGUCAUUAAAGGCAGCUUUGACAUUGGCACUCAGUAUCACUACACAAUGGAAACACAAUGUGCUGUGUGCAUUCCAAUAGAAGAUGGUAUGGAUGUUUAUCCUGCUACACAGUGGAUGGAUGAGACUCAGAUAGCAAUAUCAGAAGUUCUUAAAAUGCCAGAAAACAGCAUAAAUGUCCAGGUGAGAAGACUUGGUGGAGCCUAUGGUGCUAAAAUUUCACGGAACAUGUUGGUUAGCACAGCCUGUGCUCUAGCAGCACAUCUUCAGAACAGGCCAGUUCGCUUCAUUCUUCCACUUGAAACAAACAUGGAAUCAAUAGGAAAAAGACAUGACUGUGCUAUAGAUUAUGAAGUUGGAGUGGAGGAUGAUGGAACCAUAACAUACAUGGAAGCAAACAUGUACCAUAACUGUGGGGCUUCAGCCAAUGAUGCUCCUGCUCUUUUUGCCCUUGGCCAUCUAGAGAACUGCUAUGACAAAAGUACAUGGAAAGUGACAGCUAGUGCUGUCUUCACAGAUCUACCAAACAACACAUGGUGUAGAGCUCCAGGUUCUGCUGAAGGUACUGCAUUCAUUGAAAACAUUAUGGACCACAUUGCAAAAGAACUUGGAAAAGAUGCUAUUGAGGUGAGGUUGAAGAACCUGCCCAAAGAUGAUACAAAAAUUGCUGACAUGGUCCCAUAUUGGAAGACUAAAUCAGAUUAUUCUAAUAGGGUAUUGGCUAUUCAAGACUUUAACAAGAAUAACCGCUGGAGAAAAAGAGGGAUUUCAGUUGUCCCUAUGAGAUAUGGAUUUCAGUAUUUUGGUAAUUUUAAUGCAAUAGUGUCAGUUUAUCAUCACGAUGGAACAAUCUCAGUCUCACAUGGAGGAAUUGAAUGUGGACAGGGAAUAAAUACUAAGGUUGCUCAGGUUUGUGCCUAUGCACUCGGAGUGCCACUAGAGUUUGUGAGUGUAAAGCCAAGUAAUGUUCUGACAGCCCCUAACAAUGUAGUCACAGGUGGAAGCAUUGCAAGUGAAGCAUGUGCAUUUGCUACACUGCGUGCUUGUGAAGAACUUUCAAACCGUUUGGCUCCUAUCAAAGCAAAGCUAAAAGACCCUUCUUGGCAGGAGCUUAUUGCUGCAGCAUAUUCAGCAAAUGUUGAUCUCUGCUCAACAUUUAUGAUGUAUGCUGGGAUCACAGAUGCCCUAAAGCAGUACUACAUUUAUGGAGUAACUGUAGCUGAAGUGGAAGUUGAUGUACUAACAGGACAACAGCAGAUAUUACGUGUAGAUAUACUGGAAGAUGCCGGAGAAAGCAUGAGCCCAGAGAUUGAUAUAGGCCAAGUAGAAGGAGCCUUUGUGAUGGGUCUUGGCUAUUGGUUAAAGGAAUUCAUGGUUUAUGAUGAUGAAACUGGAAAGGCAUUGACAAACAGAACCUGGAAUUACAAACCUCCUGGGGCCAAAGAUAUCCCUAUUGACUUCAGAAUAGAGCUGAGGAAAAAUGCUCCUAAUCCCGUUGGAGUUCUUCGUUCAAAAGCAACUGGUGAACCACCCCUCUGCAUGAGCAUUAGUGCUUUAUUUGCAACACGUGAAGCGGUACUGGCAGCUAGACAAGAUUCAGGUCACUCUGGCAAGUGGUUUGAGAUGAAUCCUCCUGCUACCCCAGAAAAAGUUUUCCUUACCAGCCUGACAAGCUACAAGCAGUUUGAACUUUAAAAACUUACAAAAGUUAAUGAUGCUUCCAUUUGCUUAUUCAGUCUAAUUAUUUAACAAUAGUCAUUAAAUGAAUAUGCUUUUGAAACAUGAGAUUAUGUUUCAGUAACAUGCAGUAACAAUGGAGAGGGAGUUGAAUGGUUGCAGUAAGAACACUCCUCAUGAUAAUAUGAGGCACACUGAAAAAGCAAGAGCUACUUGAUUUAUAUAUGCUCCUUAGAAAAAGUUUUCACUGGAGAUUUGAGUUCCCUACAAACCUACUUCACAUUUCCACUCUAAAGACCAGUCACUUAUAAACACUGUGGUAACAUAGCACUAGCCUCUUAAACCCCACUGCAUAGAAUAUCUCCACCUAGAAGUUGAACCAGUUGACAAUGGUGGUAUUGAGCUCCUCAUCAUCUUUAGAUCACUGUUUCAUGUGCAAGAAAUAUGACAGUUUCUGAGAGAAAACUUGGAACUGUAGGAUGGGUGAUUGAAAUGUUCUUAAUAGAAAAGCUUCCCUAAGCCAUUGAUUUUAGAUGACACAUAAGAAUUUUUGCAAUAACAUUAACUGUAACUGAGUGGUUUAGUGCAAUAAAGCCCUAGCCCAACUGGAAUUGGUGUUAACUGAAUGCUGAUAUUUAGCAGAGAUGUAAGCUUUAUAAAAUAUGAGAACAAAGUUUCUUGUGUAGACAUUCUUGUAUAAAACAUUCUCAGAUUUCUUGUCAUGUAAGUUCUUGGUAAAAUGUCAAGCUUUCUAUAGUUACCACCUUAGUCUUCAUCAGGGGCAAUCAGUUGCUUCUGAUGAAGAAUGAUGCUUGUAAUCAUAGAAAGCUUGAGGUUUUAUAUGCAUAACUGAAAUGGCAAAAAUGUUUUACAAAAUAUGAUUUUAAGACUCCACAAACAUCUUGUCUGCAAAAGUUCAGGAGGUAGUGUGAGCCUUUUCGAAAUUAUUCAUAUUUUAUUGUUACCUUCAUAGCUCUCAUGCAUAAAUGUGUGGUGGGCUGUGGUGGUUGUCCACUACCUCGGCAGUGUUGGAUUGUGGCGCUGGUUCAUUGUUAGGAUGUCGGCAAUCAGUAACAUAUAUGAACUACAACAGUCAACUGACACUCUUAGUGGUUAACUGUAGUGGUUACAUACCCUUGGGCAUGUGCUGAUGGCAGUGUAGUGUAGAACUGCUGAAAUGGAUUGCCCAUGGUAGCGUGUAUUCUGGCCAGAUAUUGACUUCAAUUGAAGGCAGGGUGUAUCUGCAUACAAUGAAGCCUGUCAUGAUUCCCAGCAGAAAACAGGCUCUAGCAAUGGGAUCUGUGCCUGCAAAAAAUGGCAUUGUGAUAGUGUGCCUGCUCAAGUACAGGCAGUUGGACAGGUACUCUGCUCUGGACAUGAACUGCAGUCCUCCAAGGCAGUAGACCAGCUAUGGAUGAAUCAAGCCUUAUAUGGUGGCUACCCGUUGGAAGGUACCAAGUCACUGGUGUGGACUUAGUCACAAUACAUCAAAUCUCCAUAUUCUAUCAGCAAAACUUUCCAUCACUUCACUGUGUUUCUUUGUUUUCCAGUUAACUGCUAACAGGAAACCUUUUGCUAUUUUGUUUCUUGUAGCGUUCUGAAGGUCCUGUUCUAAAACUUAAAAAAAUCUGUGCCUUUUUUUAAACCUUCUGUACAUCUCAAAAAAGGCAUUUUCUCACCUGUCAACCUCAAUGUUGCCAUUUGCAACAGCCAACCAUCCACCCAACCUACAAUCUUUGCUGCUGCUUCCAGGUCGUGCAAGAAAUACACCACACCCUUUUUGGCUUGCCAGAAAAGGGAGUAAUUAAAUUAGUGGGAGCUAAUCUGUUAGGGGACUAGUCGGCUUGGUCAAUAUCUCCCUUUCCUUCUUAACUGAUAGUCACCUAUGCAACUCUUAUUAUUUCCUGACAACUGUGCAAUCUAGUUAGCCAGCAGCUCAAUCACUUCCAGAUGGGAAACACCCUGUGUCCCGAACCGUGCCAGUGUAGAACCUUUAUUCACAAUACAUAGCCAAUAACAACACAAACCAAUAAUUUAUUCACUCAUAACCAUAGCAUACUGACUCACACCCUAAGCAUAAUCAUUAACCACUUUGAUUCAGUACACUGGCUAACACUAUGGCCAUAAUGGUGGCACUUAAAACACUCCACUGGUACAGACUCACAAUGUGAGGCACUACGCACUAGUAAGUUGCAACAUGAACACCUCACUGGCUGCAAAUAGUGCUCCCCGAUGCUGCCAUGAAAUAGUGAUACAUCAGCUGGUUGUAAUGGUUCACAAACAUAAUCUUCAUAUUCUGAAUCCUGAACUUAGAAACCAUCUCCACUGUAUAUGAAAGUAGGAGAAACAAUGCAGUUAAUUCACUCACCACAUGGACACUGCUAGCUGCAGCAGUGAGGUCAUCAUGCAAACAUCAGCAGUGGUGAUGCUCCAAAGUUCUGAUUGCAACUAUGGUAGGCUGGGAUAGUUAGCCACCACCUUGGCAGGAGUAAACGGAGGUGGUGGGCCACUGUCGGGACAUAGCCACUGUUAUCACAUGUAAACAGCAUCAAUAGCCAACCAUUUUAAGUAGUUUCAAGUUACAACACUCUUGGCAUUGACCCAAAGUGGUUACGCAUCCUGGGCAUGUAUUGAUGGUACUGAGGCCAACAGUUGCUGAGGCAGUGACCAGCUAAUGGCCAUCUUGGUAUCAGUGCAAAGUAGGACCACUGACACAGAAUGCCCACAGUGGCAUGUACACAAGUCUGGUGCGGUUCUACAACUCGGAACAAAGACAGCAUCUAGCAGUGAAGCCCAGCUCUGUGAGUGGCUGCAGUGAAGCCUAGCCCUUUGAGUGGCUGCAUGCAGCAACAGCUCUUCUGCAUAGGUACAGGCCUUUGAUCAGUUGCAUCAAUCUGGACACCAACUGCUGCCAUUUAGGGCAAGAAUUCAGCUGCAGCUGAAGCAAGCUCAAGGUGGCCCACCAGUUGGAAGGCACCAAGUCCUCAUCAACGGACUUAGCCACGGCAGUCAGCUUGUCAGUGGUGGAGGUGGUAGCUUGCAAAAUCAAGUCACUCUGUCACCUGGUGUAGACUUCCCAUUGUAGUAUGUACUGCCAAUUGUGAAUAUUUUGGCUAGGAAUUAUGAGUAUUUAUGCUGGUUCUGUCAAUACUGCUUCUGUCUAUGUAGAUUGAAACGAGGUGGCAGCCAGUAGGCAUGACAACUAACCCGCCAUUGAUCUGGUUGGUUCACCUGCAGUGGUGGCUCACCUGCAAGUGUCCGGCGACCUAGAAACCAACUAGUGGUAUUGCUGCAUCUAAUGCAAUGGUGUUUGGGGUCUGUUAUGCAUCUGGCAUGACACCCAUGGCCCAUUUGCAAUAGAUGUGUCAUUGCUGCUACUGUUCAGCAGUACCAGUGGACAAAUGUCAUGAAAUAUGAGGAUCGAUUGUUUUAAAACCCUGUCUCAUGGCUCCAGUACUAUUAUUUCAUUACACAAUGAACUCACAUGAAAUAAAGCCUACUAAUAAAAUGAAAAUGAGAAAACAUGUGUCUCCCAAAUAUAAGUUCCUUGGUCCAAAAUGAAAUUUUCACUCUGCAGCAGAGUAUGUGCUGAUAUGACACAUCCUGGCAGAUUAAAACUGUGUGCCAGACUGAGACUCAAACUUGGGACCUCUGCUUUUCAUGGCCAAGGAAGUUUUAUAAGUUUCUAGGAUCACACACACACACACACUUACAUAUGUGCACAAUUACAGAACUUAAUUGUUUAUAUUUAUUCCCAUCAGGGGUACCAAAAUAGUUGAGGGAAGUUAUAGUUAGAUUCUAACUACUUCCUUUCAUACCUUUCUGUGACAAGGCUAGUCAAAGUUUAUGUUAUUGAUGCUUUGCAUCACCGCACAGUCACAAUGGAAUAUUUUUUGGUAGAGUUGUGAUUGAAUGGUAAUUACAAAUCUCCUUUUGUCUCUUUUUGCUAGUGAUUCUACAUUUUGUAUCCUCCUUUUUAGUGUACCGUAGUACCUUUAAUAUAUGUGGGUGAGUUUGUCUGCACCGCUUUGCCCUUGUGUAGAUCUUCAUUCUGCCAGUACUUGUUCCAUUUGCUUCUGGACAUGUUUGUGAUUACAGCAAUUAGAUUCCCAACUGGAAUGUAUCUCUCCUGCAUUCCAUUUGUUGCUGUGUUCUGGCUUGUAAUGAUGCUGUUAUAUAGCUGUACUGAGCCCAGAGGAAGUCUUACCUUCCAAAUAAUCUGUCACCCUGAUGCUAUCAAUGAUAUGUUUUACCUCAACUAUUUUAUUGUAUGGUCACCCAGAAUUCUCUUGUUGCAGUGGACCUGCUAUGCAAUGCCGCCAACUCUCGCCGUAUGACUUCAUCUGUGUCUGCAGAGUGUCAGAGGCAGGAUGAGAACUAUGUAGUGUUCAAGCUACGAAAUGAAAUAACUGCUUUUUAAAAAAAUCUGUAAUUUCCUGCUCUUAUGCAAAAAUUACAACACUGGAUGAGCACAUCUCUCAUUAGUCAGAGCAACAUCUCCAAACAAAAUCACAGAACAGAAUAAAGAGAAUGACAUUUGUCUUCAGCUUCUUUCAACUGUUUCUGGGUGUUAUUAUUGUACACAGUGCCUCUCCUUUUCUUUCUUUCAUGAUGCCAAAGCAUAAGCGACACCUUCACAGCAGAUGCCAAAGCAUAAGCGACACCUUCACAGCAGAUGGAAAUGGCCAAGUGCCAUUACACCUUGGUAACAUUCCAUACUCAUGUGUCUCAUGUCAACUCUGUACAGUCUUCAAACCAGCGCAUGCACAGUGGAAAGUUCUCUGUAUGCCAACUACUUACACAAAGCUUUUCAUGAGCACCUAUCAUCUAAUCAUGAGGAAGAGGUGUAACAAUGUGUUACACCACAGUUCCUUGCCAUACAGUCAGCCUUCUCAUUCCCCAUAAUUCUGGCAUAUGCUUUGGACUAUAGAAAUGAGACUACUGCUCUAUUUAACCAGAGUUCUGAUAUAGUAGGAACUUUUUUGGUAUGGCACUUAGCAGCUUCCUUUGUUUCUAUCAAUUGAUGAUUGUGUUUGCACUGCAGAGAGGGAGUCCAUUAUUAUUAUAUGUUCAUCUUGGAUCAUGAUACUGUAUCUUAAUAUGCUUCGAUGGCUAAAAAUUCUACCAGGUAAACCGGCACCUCUUUUGGUAGUUGGAAUAGUCUGAUCUUUGUUCUUGUAACAUACAUAGGUGCACAGCCAACAGUGUCAACUUAUUUGGACCCCAUAGUAGAUACAUGCGCGCCCACACACACACACACACACACACACACACACACACACACACACACACAUCUUAGCACAGCACAUGGUCAUGGCGAAAGCCUUCUGAACUGUUAUGGUUUAUCAGAAUAGUCUGUAUUGAUACUUAAGUCCAUUAUCUUCUUAAUGCUUUUGUGCUGUUGCUCAUAAUAGGGUAGCAGAAAUGAUUUUUGAAUGAGAUCCUGAAACUUGCUAGGAGUUGAAAAUACCUCAUCAAUGAUGGUGUUUAUUUGUGGACAGAACAUUGGCUGGUGUAUCAUAUUGUUUUAAGGUUGCAGAUUUUAUUUAUGAGCUUAUUCCCAAAGCAUUAUUAGUGUUUCAAAAUAAAUUUCCUGCUGCUAUAGUUUCUGAGUAGUUGAUAAAGGUGCUUCCACUGUUUCGAAUAAUGUGUUUGUCAGAGUAGAUCUUGAUUUUUCUGAAGGUUAUGAUACAUGGGAGGUGGCAACUGCAUUAGGUACUCAAUGUCUCUGUAUUUAGACUAGUGAGUUGACUGCCUAGGGGCAUUUUGCUGGAAACAGUACUGGGUAUUUUCCCCCUUUUCGUAGACUUAUUUUUCUUCUAUAACUAUGUCAUUUUACACUCUACUGGCCUUAACGUUAUCAAAAUUUUAAUAAAACAAGUAAAAAACUGCUUCAGGCAAGUGCCAAGAUGGUUCCUUUGAAAGAAGGCUGACUUCCUUCCCUAAUCUGAUGGGACUGAUGCCCUCGCUGUUUGGUUCCCUUCCCCCCAAAUCAACCACACAACCAACCAAAACUAGUAAAAUCUUAAAAAUUCUUUGUCCUCAUUUAAAAAACUUUGUAACAUACUUUUCUCUGUGCAACUUCAUGAAUUCAGUCCAUUGUCCACAUAUUGUUAUUCUUUUCUAGCCAAAUCUGUGUUACAUGGAAAGAACAUAUGCGAUGGCACAAGAAACUUAUUUCUCAUAUCCUCAGGCCAUCAGCAAGUAGUACUGUACAACUGUAGUCUGCUUACUGGGAAUUAUUAUUUUGGACAAUGCAUACGUCACUGCAGACUAAUAUUUUUGUUUUGUUUUAGCCUCAGGAAUCAAAUGUAUCACUUUCAGUAGAUGGUUUCUUUGCAGGACACACUUUUCCAUGGGAAGGAAUACACUCUUCUGUUACUGAGAAACAUUUUAUUCUUGAAUUUGUUUCAGUCGUAGACAUUCUUUCAUACUUUCUUAAAUUUUUUUCCACUAUCACUAUCUCUCUUUAUUUCACUCAAACACAAAUCCUGAUGAAUUUGAGUGUUCCUUGUCAACACAAAAAAUAGUAAUGGAAUGAAUUUCACCACUACUAGGAUCAGUGAUUUUUGAAGCUGUUUUUGUUGAUUGUCCUUAGAAAAACAGUCUAGAUUGCACAAAUCACAUUUAUUGGUGACUACUCUCCAUCUGAAGGUGGACCAUCUUGAGACUGUACUCAAAAGUUAAUGUGUGGAGACAGCUUCACAGAACAGGAAUUGCAGAAGCUGUCAGCUAUUGAGUAGCUGGUCUGUGGAUCCACCUCCACACAUCAGCUUUGGGGCAUGGUCUGAAGAUGGUCUGCCUUUGCACUGCAACUGUUGACCAAUAAAAGUGAUUUGUGUGAUCUAGACUGUUUUUCUACAUACAACUGUGAAAAUUGGUCACUGUUUUCCCAAAAUGUUUCUGAAAGUAUGUUUUUGUUUACUUUCUCUUCAUGUUGAAUGAUUACUGAACCAAAAUCAUGACUUCUGUGAUUUUAUAAAUAAUCAAUAAAUAGUGCUCCAUUCAUGCAAUUUUAUUCUGAGAUACCAACAGUUAAAUAAAAAUAAAUGGUUCUUAAUGUUAGAAAAUGCUUCAUAUUAUAAAGGUCUAGUAUAAUGGAAGGAAUGUACACUGAGCAGAAUGGUACGCUAUUUAACCUAUCAAAAUCAUCAUUUCUGAACAUUACACAAAAAUGUAUAUCUUCACAUUUACAGAUGGGUUUUUUGGAACCCUCAUAUUAAGAACCAGAUUUGAUCCUAAAGAAAAUACAGGAAAUUUAGCUGUCUCAUUUAGUGUUACCUAGUCAGUGUAUGUUAUUCAUAAUUCAAAACUUUUAUUUUAUUGUUGCUAAAUUUUAAUUGUUUCAUGUCAACCUGCUCAUUGUUGUUAUGUACUGCAACAUAUAUUUCAAUUUAAAAUGUUUUUUUUUAAAUGGAUUAAUUUGGGGUAGGUCUAUAUCCUUUUUCAUUAAAUUUCAAGUAUAUAAGCCUAUUCUCCUAAAAUAUUUUUCUGAUAGUCUCUUACAUUCUACAGUGACAUCUGUGAUGAUUUCCUGUAAAUAAUUCAGGGAUUCCCAUAAGGGAACAAGUAAAGAAAAAUUAAUGUUUUUACUACUGUUAAAAAAUAAACUUUAUUCUAAAAAUAAAAGCUGCAAAUUAUUAACAAAAAUAUUAGUCUUACCCCUAGCAAAUAAAAAGAAAUAUAUAAAAAUAUAAGGCUGAAGAUGUACUUUAAAUGUAGACAAUAUUGUAUUGUAUUGUAUUGUAUUGUAUUGUAUUGUAUUUAUUGGUCCAGUAAAUCUUACAUGUACAGUACAGCACAUCAGAUAUUGGACAGGUCAAAGUAUAUCUUAUAAUUAAAACACUUUAGAAACUAGAAAAUUAUGUUCACAAAAUUUUACAGCACUUCAUAUACUGGGCAAGUCAAUGUGUAAGUUAUAAUUAAACCACAUUAGAAACUUGAAGUUUACAACUGAAUACAUGUAUAAGCCAAUAUUAACGAUUAAAGUAUUUGCAUGAUCCUCACUUAAGCUCUAAGGAUUUUUGAGGAACUCUUCUACACUAUGAACUGACAUGUACACUAGAGAAUUACAUUCACAGAAUUUUGCUUCAUAUACUGGGCAAGUCGCUAUACAACUUAUACUUGAACCCCAUUAUAAACUUGAGAAUUACAUCUGAAUGUAUUUAUAGGCCAAUAUUAAUGGUUACAGUAUUUGCAUAAUCAUCACUUAGACUCUCGAGGAUUUUGGAGGAACUCUUCCACACUAUAAAAGCAAUGUGUCAACAGAUAUUCUUUUAAUGCUGCUUUAAAAUUUUUUACAUCUGUCAUUACUUUAAUUUCUCUUGGCAAUUUAUUGUAGAUAAUUUUUCCAUGGUGUAAUGUUCCUUUUUGGCACAAACUGGUUUUUGUAUGGAGUACAUGAAAGUCAGUUUUCUGUCUUGUAUUAUGAUGAUGAACAUUUUCAUUUUUGGGGAGGAUACUAGGAUUUGUUAUUGUAUAUUUCUUUAUAAACAUUGCACUUUCAAAUAGGAAAAUACACGGAAGGGGAAGAAUCCCCAUCCUUUUAAAUAAUGGUCUACAUGGUUUGUUCCUUUUUAUUCCAGCCAUGAUUCUCACUAUUCUUUUUUGCAUCCUGAAGAGUUUUAGGCAGGAUGGCGAGUUACCCCAAAAAGUGAUCCCAUAUUUUAGGACAGAAUGUAUAUUAGAAUAGUAAACUGUCAUUAGACAGUCCUUAUGACAGCAGUUUUCUAGCACUCUCAUUAAAUAACACAUGGUACUUAGCUUCUUUAAUAUGUUGUCAAUGUGAGUUUCCCAUCUAAGAUUAUCCUGUA